AUGGACGGUGUACAGCUCAAAGUCGCCACACAGGUCGAGAACAUCAAACGGUUCCAAGAGGCCAUCGCCAAGAGCGGCCAACUGAGCCGCGGCAUGUGCGGCAUCCUGUCCUCUUUCGACGACCGACUCAUGAAGCUCGAGCGCACCAUCCUGCCUGUCUACCACGAAACCGGGAACCUGCAGCGACGCCAGGAAAACAUCGACAAGACGCUCACGCUGCUCGAAGAAGUCGUGUCCCUCUACACCGUCUCCCAGCAGGCAGAGCCCAAGAUCGCCAAGGGACCCGGAGACCUCAAGCCGUUCAUCGAGGCCCUGGAGCAAAUCGAGACUGCUCUCGAGUACUUCGAGCGCCACAGCCCACAUAACCCGGAGGCGGCUUUGCUGCAGUCUCUUUUCUCAACUGGCGCCUCCAGCUUGCAAACAGAAUUCGAAGCUUUACUGGCCCGCCACAGUCGGCCCAUAACCCCAGUUGCCAUCCUGGACAUGGUAGACGCCGACGAGGCACCCGCGGCCCAGUACGAGCCGCUCCCUCCUCGAGUAGUCGAAGACCUGGCGCUGAUGUCCGCCUGGCUUCGAAAGAGAAACUUGACGCAACAUCUCGACAUCUACGCACGACUGCGAUCGCGCAACCUUCAGCGCUCCAUGCAAGGACUCCGGGAACACCAGAAGGCCGGCUCGGGCACGAGUGGGUCCCUAGCCCCGCCGCACGGACCCGGGUCAUCGCCCCAGCUGGGUGGUCGGAAGAGCAGGGUACCGCGGAAACUCCACGAAGCCCUGAUGCGAGGCCUACGGCGCGGCAGCGAAGCAACACCGGCCGAGGCGCCUAGAGAUGAUCUAGUCGACCAAGAAGUCGACGCCUACCUGACUGCCCUAACGGCGCUUUGCAAACUCAUGCAAAGCGAACGGACCCUGCUACAACAGGUCCUCGGGUCAGCAGACGGCAAGGAGCCUGCUGCCCUGCCACUCGAACGUGUCGUGCUUCCAGCUUUAGAAGCCACCACGGCCGAGGGUGAAGCGUUAGCAAACCGAGUCAAAAGAUGUGUGGCACGUCAUGACUUCGUCACCGUUCUCUGCCUCUUCCCGGUCCUGCAGCACGUUCGAGCGCUUCGUAGGGACUAUGAUGCUCUCCUGGCUGGACCUACGGGACAGCCGGGCACAGCGGCGGCGGCGAGGCUCCCCGGACUGGCAGUUACUUUGCAGACAACGCUCAACAAGGCUCUCGAGGAACUCGUGGACAGUGUCAAGAGCGACCCGGAGGGCAAGAUGCCUCGAGACGGCACAGUCCACGAACUCACCAGCAACGUAAUGGUGGUGCUCGAACAGCUGCUGGGAUUCGUCGAAGCCGCCGGCGCGGUGCUUGCCGUCUGGGACCUGGCGUCCUUCAGCCAGAGCCGCGAUCCUAACAGAGCGGCCCUAGCCCAGUACGUUACACGGGUGUUGUCCGCUCUGAAUUUGACGCUACACAACAAGAGUGCCAAGUACGAGGACACUGCACUCCAAGCUGUCUUCAGGCUCAACAAUCUGCAUUAUGUUCUGCGGGCCCUAACUCGUUCGGGGCUCCUGGAGGUGGUGGAAGGCUAUGAGUCGUCCCUCGGCCAGCAGUAUCUGGACCAGAUCCGCGACCAGAAGAGACUCUACUCGCAGAGCUGGAGUCGUGUCUUGCACUACGUACUAGAAGUAGAUCGGCCUCUGUCGCCGAGUGCCAAGCUCAAGGACAAAGACCGACAGACCAUCAAGGACAAGUUCACCGGCUUCAAUCGAGAACUGGACGAACUCUUCAGGGUCCAGAAAGCCUAUGCAGUGCCCGACGUGGAGCUGCGAGAGAGCCUGAAACGCGACAACAAGGAGUUUGUGCUGCCAAAGUACAAACUCUUCUACGACAAGUACACGGCAGUGCCAUUCACAAAGAACCCAGACAAGUAUCUGAAGUACAGUCCGCUAGACGUCUCCAACCUUAUAGACCGUUUCUUCGACGCCGCAGCCUGAAAAGGGAGACAAGUCUGCAAGCUUGUUUUGAGCGGUCGUCACCCAUUUAUUUCCGAGCUCUCCUGACCUCUUCUUCAUGCUGACCAAGGGAGGGUCAUGGGUUGUGGGUUCUGCAGGUAUGUCAUGACCACAGCAGAAAUGGACAGCCUGCACAAGGUUAUACAACAAAAGUAUUAAUGCAGGGGAAUUGGGAGGGAGGUAACAUUGGCACAAGUGGAAUCAUCAAAAGCAUUACGGCCAGCAGAAAGCUGUUUGAAUUGUCUGCCGUUACUUUGCAGUUCGUUGAAUGUCUUCUUUUGCAAGGGCAAAGACCAGCAUGAUCGCAUAUUUCUUUGGACUAUAUUUAUUUGGACACGAAUAAAAAGGGUACUCGCAUAAAACUGCUGA